AUGCCAGGAUUGAAGACACCAAAGGGAACCACCGAUGAACUCCCAAAAGAAGCAUUCUUGUAUGAGGAGAUCAUUGAGAAGAUCAGAAAAGUAUUCGUUGUGCAUGGUGCAACACCAAUAUCAACACCUACGUUUGAGAUGAGAAGUAUCCUUGUUAACAAGUAUGGCGAUGAUUCAAAGCUCAUAUACAACCUUUCAGAUCAAGGAGGUGAGAUAUGCUCGUUGAGAUACGAUCUUACAGUUCCAUUUGCAAGAUAUUUGGCAUCAAAGAAGAUUAAGAGGAUGAAGAGAUACCAGAUAGGAAAAGUAUACCGAAGAGACCAGCCAUCUGUUGCUAAGGGGAGAUUGAGAGAGUUUGUCCAGGCAGACUUUGACAUUGCUGGCGAAUGCAUUGCCAUGAUGGCGGAUGCAGAGGUGAUUAGUUGUAUUGAUAAGAUAUUGCGGGUGUUUGAAAUAGGUGAUUUUACAAUCAAGGUGAAUGACCGAAGAAUUCUUACAUCGAUUCUUGAGAUUAUUGGCGUUGCAGAAAAAGAUUAUGGAAACAUUUGCUCCACAAUUGAUAAACUCGAUAAGAUGAGUGUGGAUGAGCUUAGGAAGGAGUUUAUACAGAAAGGCCUGACAGAGUCUCAGGUUUUGAAGAUUGAAGAAUACAUGAGGCAGGCUGGGAAUAAGAAUGUUCUUGAGUAUUUAGAGAAUGACGCAAUUGGGAGUAUUGAAAGGUGUAAGGAAGCGAUAUGCAGUAUGAAGGAAUUGUUUAGGCUCUGUAAGAUUCUUGGAUGUGAUGGAUGCCUUACAGUGGAUGUUUCACUUGCUAGAGGGCUUGAUUACUAUACAGGAAUGAUUAUUGAGGCGGGAUACAUUGGAAAGCAGGUUGGAUCUGUUAUUGGAGGAGGGCGUUAUGACAACCUUACGGAAAACCUAGGCGUAAAGGGGGUGGCAAUUGCCUGUGUAGGAUUUUCAGUGGGUGUGUCCAGGAUUUUUUCGAUAUUAUGUGAACAAUACUGCAAGGAGUCUGCAACUGUAGUGUAUGUGGGCGCAUCUGGAGGAUUGUUUCUUGAUGAAAGGCUUAGCAUUAUCAAGAUCUUAUGGGGUGCAGGGAUUGCAGCAGAGACUUUCUAUACGAAGCGAUCGUCAUUUGAUGAUCAGAUUGCAUAUGCAAGGAAGAAAGGAAUACCUGUGAUUAUAGUAGUAGGGGAGUCUGAAUUUGUAUUGAAAUCUGUUCAGGUGAUUGAUCUUACCACAAAUGAAAAGAAGAUUGUUCUAAUUGAAGACAUUGUUAAAUGCAUUAAGGAACUUGCAUGA